GCGGCGCAGCGCGGAGUCACAGCGACUUGGUCAGCUCCUGUCCCUGGGUCAGCCCAGCUCCAGCUCAGCCUCAGGCUCCUGGCUCCCGCCCGCCGCCCUGCACUCUGCAAGCUGCACAGAGAGAGAAGGAUGGAGACUCUCCCUGCCGCUCAGGUCCUGGCGCUGCUCUGCCUGGGUUUCCACCUUCUACAAGGAGUUAUCAGCACAACUGUGAUUCCAUCAUGUAUCCCAGGGGAAUCUGAGGACAAUUGCACAGCGUUAGUUCAGACGGAAGACAGUCCCCGUGUGGCUCAGGUGUCCAUCACAAAGUGCAGCUCUGACAUGAACAGCUACUGCUUUCAUGGACAGUGCAUCUACCUGGUGGACAUGAAGGAGAACUUCUGCAGAUGUGAAGUGGGCUAUACUGGUCUCCGGUGUGAACACUUCUUCCUAACCGUUCACCAACCCUUGAGCAAAGAAUACGUUGCGCUGACAGUGAUCCUCAUUCUCUUGUUCCUUAUCAUAACCGCUGGGUCCAUAUACUAUUUCUGCAGAUGGUACAAAUAUCGAAAAAGUAAGAAAGCAAAGAAGGAAUAUGAGAGAGUGACCUCUGGAGACUCAGUGUUGCCACAAGUCUGAACAUCACCAUCAAAUUAUGAACAGGGAUGCCUAGCAUACCUGGAUAAUGUUAAUAUUUCAUUUUCUUAAUAUUUAUGUUGGGUCAUGUGUCAGGUCAAUGACUGUAUAUUUUUAAUACACUUGGAAAGUGUUUUAUUUUUGACAGACUAUUUGAUAAUAUAUUAUAUGUAAAAUAUUUAAUAUCUAAAGAAAAUGGAUAUUUUUGUAAGACUUUCCUGAGUGAAAUGCUUUACUGAAAAGCGUCAAAGCCCAUUAAGCUGGUGCAGUGCUUAGAGUGAGCAAUGCCCAGUCUGUUGCAAGUGACAUUCCUGUAAGCCUAAAUAAUAGAGUCAAAUCAAUCGCGGGAGUAAUUUAUUUUCUACUUCUCAGAUCUGUGAUAAUUGACUUGACUAUAUCGUGGCUUGGCACAGUGGCUGGCACCACACACUUGAGCCAUCUCAUCCUGGAGAGGAUGUCUUUUCACCAUUUCUGCUAUUUGGCACAGGCGUGCCUAGAGGGUACCAAAGAAAAGGCCCUGUACUCAUCCACCUGAACUAUCGGCAUCCCAUUUAUGUCGAGUACGUCAUUUAUGUGUAGUCAUUGUUGAAUAUCAAUCAGAAAAUCCACAUUUGGAGAAAAUUUGAUCUCCAUUUUAGAUUAUUUAUUUUAUAGGGAAUUUACAGAAGAAUUACAGAAUUAAAUCAGAAUCCAAAAUCAAAUUAAUCAUAAUUUUAAAAUAUAACAGAAUGCUAGCCAGAUCUUACUUAAUAUGGAAAUGUAUUUUUUUAUUUUAUAUUCAAGAGGUUUUGUUUGUUUGUUUUUGCUUUUUGUUUUGUUAUUGUUGUUAUUUUUUCUUUUUUAACCCAGAAUCUCACUCUUUAGUCCAGACUGGCUCCAAGCUCAUGGUAAUUCUCCUGCCUUAGCCUCUAGAUUCUGGGAUAAUAGGCCCACAUUACCAUGCUCAGUUUCAAAAGAGUUUUUGCUAACAAAUAGUUGAGUCAAUAUCUUAUUCCACAUUUUAAAGUUACAUUUAAAAAACAUAUAUCUGAAUAAAGGAAGUGAGGAAAAUACAGGAAAAAUAAACCACAAUGUAUUUUUCUAAAGGAGAAACUCAUCUGAAAGGUUUUAAAAUUUUAGACUUAACUACGCAUUCCCAUGGAAGCUAAGAUGAAAUCUAGACUCUUUCCCUGUCUCUUGUUUGCCUUUGUGGAAAGGGUUGGUCUCCGUGCUCAGUCUGUAGGUCUUAGUGAGUCACUAGAUUAUUCUGUGGAGUUGCCUCAGGAGUCCCAGCUGGCACACCUUUGCCUUUCCUGGGAGUAUGCCUCGCCGAAUGCUCAGUCUUAGGUGGAAUCUCUCUGGAGCACAUACCGGGUCAGGGAGGGUCUAUUCUUCCUCCACCUUUUUCCUGGCAUGUUGCUAGGGCAACAAAGACAUCAUGAGUUGCCUCUGACCUCUAGAGUGCCAGGGAAGAAAACAUUGCUGCCCUAUGGAGCCAUUGAUAGAAAACCCUGGAAGAAUUACACAGCUCUCAUCACAAGUCCUGGCCUUAAGAGGAGGGAAAAGAAGAGAUAAAAUAAGCAAUGCGCAUGCACAUUCCUGUACACAACAAGCUUGUGCAUACACAAGCUUCAUACUUUGCAGAAUUCCAGCUAUUUGUUUCUGUAUUAACCAACAUACUUACUUUUAAAAAGACGAGGGGAUAUGAGAGCCAGUGAGAUUUAAAAGUGUAUUUCUUUGUCAUUUUAUUUAGCUAAAGUCUAGUGUCCUGUGUAAGAACACAUUUUAAAUCUCAUUGAUACCAACUGGAUGUAGAGAAUGCUGGCCUAUAUUAAGUGACCAUGGCUUCUCCAGAUAACGGUUUUAAGCUUAUCAAGAACUGAGCUACAAUACGGCCAGUUAAUUUACAGGAGCCAAAUGAGUCUUUUAGAUAUGCGUAUAUUGUUCCACUUUGAACAUUUCCAGUCAUACCACAUAACUUGAUGCAAGAAGUUUGGGGUAGCUUUACAUAUUUUUAAAUACUUUUGAAAGGAUCUCAGGAAAGAGUUAUAUCUAUAUAUAUUGUUUUGUUUUGAUCUCAAAGCUGGGAAUAAAGCUCAGAGUGUUACACAUGUUGGGAAAACACUACCAUUGGGCUAUGCCUUAGUCCCAUAAAAACAUAUUAAUAAUGAAAGAGUAUGAUUGGAGAUUGCAGGUUGUGGAUGAACAUAAGUUUUAAAAACUCAUUGUUUUGGUGAAGAUUAUGCUAAGUAGGCAUGAAAGGAUUACAAUCAAUUCAUGUGUCAUACAUAUUUCUCCUUGUAUUGUACACAGACACACACAUACACACACACAUACACACAAUGACAUCAACAAGGCUAUAUAUAUCCUGUAUUGAGAACCAAAGCAAUUCCAGAUGCAAAAUUGAAUAACUUACAGUCUCCCACAAGGUUACCUAAUAACCCGGUAGAUGUACUCUGUAAGCAAAGACAUGCUCUGUACUCAACACUGAAGUUUAUCCUUAAAAUUGAGACUUCUCCUACAUAAAGCCUUCACACUGCAACUCUAUUGCUUUCUUACAUAUUUUCACUCUCCCCUCUCUGUGAAGAGUCAAACCAUGGGAAAAAGCCAAAUAGUUUAGUUUUGAGUCCUUAACAAGAUAGCUAAAUAAAUUUAACUGCUGAAAGGUAUCAAGUAUUUACCCAGCAAAUAUGUGACAAGACUGAGUGUCUAAUUUUUGUUUCAUUUAGUCAGUAAAUAGUAAAGUUGCCUUUAAAUCUUUUUAUUUGACCAAAUUUGUCAUUUUUGCUUCAAAUUCCAUUUUGUGAAAUUUUUAAAAAAGUUUUAUUUGCUGCCCAAUAUUUUCUAAUUUUCCUAAUGUUGUGGGGGGAAGGGGAGCAUUUCUGGGGUAAAUUUUAAUGUUUUAACUGAAACCUAUGUAUAUCUAAGAGGUCUCUGCUACUCCAACCUGAUAGUGUUGAAUGUAGUACAGUGUAUUUUUCUUUUUUCCUUCUUGCACUCUGUAAUUGCACUUUGUAAGUUUAAAGAGCCACUCUGGUAUAAAGUUUUUAUAAAAGAUUCUAAUGGAACAUAAAGUUGCAUUGUGCCCACCUUAAAAGCUGUUUGACUAUGAAUGUUAUCAGAGUACUGAAUUGUAUCAAUUUGUUUGCAGGUAAUAUCAGCUUUGAUAGUCAUGUACCUUAGGAUAGUGAAGGAGACUAUAAUUUACAAGGUAUUGUCAGUUUUUAUUUAUUUUUGUUAGGAAUUGGUAAAGAUCACUAUAAAAAAUAAAAGUACAAAUGA